AUGCAGGAGGCGGGACUUCUUAGAAUACGGGUUGGUGAACAGAGCAGCCGUGUUGGAGCAGAGUAACGACGCUAUAGCGACUGCAAUUUUAUACAAACAGAAGGCAGGACCCUUCAAAAGAAGGCAGGCCUAACCAUGGGGAAGUCUCUGUUGUCUUUGCCGAAGCAAAAAGAGGACCAGGAGAGCCUGACUGAAAGCACAGAGUCUCACACUGAGGACAAUAAGCAUGAUGUGUCACAGUUUCCAUAUGUUGAAUUCACAGGCAGAGACAGCAUCACCUGUCCUACUUGUCAAGGGACGGGGAGGAUACCUAGAGACCAAGAAAACCAGCUGGUUGCUUUGAUACCGUACAGUGACCAGAGGCUGAAGCCAAGGCGAACGACAUUGUACGUGUCUUUAUCAGUCGUUCUGUGUCUGCUACUUUCUGGUUUGGCUGUGUUCUUCCUGUUCCCUCGGGCUAUUGAUGUCUCUUAUGUUGGGGUGAAGUCAGCCUAUGUCAAAUACAAUCGAGACCAGCGGAUAAUAUAUAUAAAUAUCACGAAUACUCUGAACAUCACCAAUAAUAAUUACUACCCAGUACACGUGGCCAACAUCACAGCGCAGGUGCAGUUCUACAAGACUGUGAUUGGAAAGUCUAUCGUCAGUAAUGUCACCAGUAUCACCCCUCUGGAUAUGCGUCAGGUUGAUUUCACGGUUCCCACCAUCAUAGCAAAUGAGAUGAACUACAUAUUUGACUACUGUACCAUGCCAUCAAUUAAAGUGCAUAACAUUGUUGUCAUGAUGCAGAUGACUGUAACUGUCAUGUACUUUGGCCACGCUGAGCAGGUGUCUCAGGAGAAGUACCUGUACGUGGACUGCGGAUCAAACACCACGUCUUCACACGGACACAUGAGUGUGAUACAGUGAUGUCCAUCCGUGUGAACCACAGUCCCUCACGUUCCUAUGUGGUGAAACAAAAACCUGUUCUGAGUGUUACAAAUGGCAGAAAAUGAAGUCUGUACUGUAGGGAGAACGCGUCAGGACUGAUCAGCAAGUUUCAGCCAGAGCGCUGAUGUCUUUCUACACCAUCAUUAUCGAUUCUUUAUCACAGCACUGAAAGUUUUGCUUGGAUAGACAGAAGCACUUUAGUAUAUUUUGGGAGAAGGGAUGACGGCAGCAGGAUAUUUUACAUAGAGCUGCAAACACUCAAACCACUUUGACUACUCCGUUACAAUUUUCCUUUUUUCCUGUGCAUUUGUUUUGUAAUGUUAAACAGCGUGCUGCAGUUUCCAUUAGAUCAUGCUCAUUUUAUUGUUAUUUAGCUCUUUGCAGAGCAGGUACUCUUUAGAUUUUUUUUGAGUAUGGUGUUAUCUUAUAUCAACAUGCCAGCUUUCAGAAGUUCACGAGUUAAUGAAAAUGUUGUAUUUUUGUUCAUAGAGAAAUUUAGAAUGAAGGUCUAAACUAAUUUUGAAAAGAAAAUUUAAAAAAAUGAAGUGGGCCGUUCUGAGGCCAAUACAAAGAUGAACAUGAAUCAGGUGUCAUAAUAAAAUAUAUUAAAAUAAAUAUAAAUUUACCUCAGCGGGAAUACCAUAUUAAUUAAGAAAAAAAGGGAAUGAAAAAGGAAGGUUAUUAUUUUGUAUUAUAAAAAUAGACUUCCGUUAAUUGUUCUUAAAGCAUUUUUUCUGUUAUGUUUUAGUCAAAUUCGACCAUAAUUUUUCUUCUUUUUGGUGUUGAUGUAGAUCAUUGAUAACUUAGAUGUUUCUCAUUCACUUUAACCCUUUUGCUUGUCUUGUUUUGUUGGAAUGGCACUUUUACAUCAAAAACUUUUUAAAUGGUGUUUUAUUUAAAUGUUAUCUUUGGGAAAUGAUUUAUCAAUAAAUUACAUUUCUUCGAUGAAA